AAAACAGUAGUACGAAAAUCCGUUGGAGAACCGAGGCAUCGAUUUAGUUUACAGGUCUACUAGUUUUGUAGCGAAACUUUGGACGUGGCCACGGACUCGUGGUGGUCGGUGGCUCGCUGCACCACGUUGCUUUCCACACGGCAGCCAGACACGCGAUGCAGCCUCGCUGCUCGCCACGUACAGCCUCACUCGAAGCGCUCGAUCCGAACGCCAUUAAAAACUCAUCCAGAACACACAGCUCAUCUCCUCACUUCCUCACUCCAGUACUGGUGCAGUGCACUACCAAAAAUCCUUCAGAUCGACAAUGGCGCAGAUGCGAGCGUACGGCGACGAGCAGCAGCAGCAAGAAUCCCUGCACGGCCACGGCCGCGACAAGGACGGCGCAGGCGGCGGCGAGAGCAACAAGAAGGCGCGCGCGGGCCUCUGCGGCGUCCUCCGGGAGCGCAAGGUGCUGGAGCUGGCGCGCGCCAAGCAGCGGCUGGUGGAGGUCCCCUACACGGCCACGCUGGCCAACGCGGCCAACGCGCUCCUCGCCGGCCGCGUCUCGGCCGUCACCGUGGCCGCGCCGCCCGGCCACUGGAUCGGCGCCGGCGGGUCCAUGAUCGUCGAGUCCGACCCCGCCACCGGCGUCGCCCGCAAGCACUACAUCGGCAUGGUCAACAUGCUCGACAUCCUCACCCACAUCGCCGAGGCCGGCCACGAUGAUGAUGCUGCCGCCGUCGGGAAUGGCCCGGCCGCGCCGCCGGAGGCCAUCGACCUCGACCACCGCAUGUCCGUGCCGGUGUCCUCCGUCAUUGGCCACUCCCUGGAGGGCCUCACCCUGUGGACGUUCCACCCAAACACAAGCCUGCUGGACUGCAUGGAGACGUUCAGCAAGGGCGUGCACCGCGCGCUGGUGCCGCUGGAGAGCUCGGCGGAGAACGUGGUGGCGGUGGAGCUGGUUGAGUCCGCGCCGGUCUACAGGAUGCUCACGCAGAUGGACGUGGUCAGGUUCCUGCGCGCGCACGGCGCCGAGCUCGGCGGCGUCCUGUCGCGCACCGUCCGGGAGCUCGGCGCGGCGAGCGAGGCCGUGCUGGCCGUCGCGAACCGCACCAAGGUGAUUGAGGCCAUCAGGACGAUGCGGGCGGGGUCGCUCACCGCCGUCCCCGUCGUCGACGCCCCCGUUGACGCGUACAUCCUGCAAGACGGGAGAGGAAAGAAGGUGGUGGAGACGUUCUCGGCGACGGACCUGCGCGACUGCCCGGUGGCGCAGCUGCGGUCGUGGCUGGGGACCACCGUGGCGGAGUUCAAGAAGAAGGUGGCCGAGUACCGGCGGGAUGGCAGCAAGCCACUCGACGCGGCGACCGGCGUCCAGGCCACGGACGACGGUGAUACCGCCGGCACCACCGUGGACGCUGGUGGCGUGGCGGGCACCGGCAACGAAGAGAAGCCGCCGCGGCCGCGGGAGAUGGUGACGUGCUCCAUGGACAGCACGCUCGGGGAGGUGAUCGAGAAGGCGGCGGCGAGCCAUGUGCACCGCCUGUGGGUCGUCGACGACGGCGAGGAGGCACUGCUGCGCGGGGUGGUGUCGCUGACCGACGUGCUCCGGGUGGUCAGGGAGGCCGCCCUCGACGAGGACCGGGAGCUGCAGAACUUUGUCGUUCUAGAGUAAUUUUUUUCGGUCUUACACGUUCAACUGUUGUACUGUGACGACGGAUGGGCGCGUGAGUUUGUAUCAACUGUUGUACUGACCCGUUCCCUGUGUCCUGAUUGCCUCUAGAGUAGUUGUGUAAAAGGGCCAACGAAAAAUCACGCACGCCAAUUAUAUCUGAA